CCUCCAUCACAUUCUCCCCUAAAGUAUCACUAGUCGACGCGGCGAGCAUCCAUGCUCCGUUUUUCUCAUUUAUAACUCAUCGCCAUGAUCUGGGCUGCCUUCCUGGCGCUAUUGGCGCCCACGGCUGCCCUGACUACACCUCAGCUGCGUGAGCGGUCGAUCUACCAAGUCGUCACCGAUCGAUUCGAGCGCCCCGAUGGCACUGCGCAGCCGUGCAACCCCGCCGACCGCCGUUACUGCGGCGGCGGAUGGAAGGGUAUUGAGCGCCAGCUCCCAUAUAUCCAGGGCAUGGGGUUCGACACUGUGUGGAUCAGCCCCGUCGUCGCCAACAUUGAGGGCAUUCCAAAUUCGGAGAGCUACCACGGCUACUGGGCGUCGAACAUGUUUGAACUAAACUCACGGUUCGGUACUCCACAAGACCUCCUUGACCUUUCAGACGCGCUGCACCAGCGCGGCAUGUACCUCAUGGUCGACGUGGCAGUCAACCACGUCGGCUGUGUACCGGGCGAGUUCAUACCAGGCGCGCAGUACGGCCCCUUUAGCAAGCCCGAGCACUUUCACGACUUCUGCAUCCCCGAUUGGAAGCUUGAUGACCAGCUCGAGGCAGAGCAAUGUUGGCUCACCGACCAUAUGCCCGACCUCAACACAGAGAAUCCCGAGGUCAUUGCGCUGCUGCACGGAUGGGUGCGUCACCUCGUGCGUCAGUUCCACAUCGAUGCCAUCCGCGUCGACACGGUCAAGCACGUCCGCAAAGACUUCUGGCCUGAGUUCGUCGCGGCGGCAGGCGUUGCUGCCAUGGGCGAGGUUUACCACGGAGAUCCCCUCUACCUGCGUCGGUACCAGGAGCACAGCCUCGAGUCAAUCCUCGACUACGCGACGUUCUUCCACCUCCGCCGGGCAUUCCAAAACGUUAACACGCCCAUCGAGGAGCUCACCUCCAUGAUCACGCGCGUCCACCGCAUGCUUCCAGACCCGACGCUGCUGGCAUCCUUCUUAGACAACCACGACAAUCCCCGCUACCCCGGAAUCGUUCAGGACCGUGCUCUCCUCAAGAACGCUGCCGUAUACCCGUUUAUCAAUGACGGCUACCCCGUCGUUUACCAAGGCCAAGAGCAUGGAUUGAGCGGCGGCGCUGACCCUUUCAACAGGGAGGCGAUUUGGAAACACGGCUUCUCAAGCUCACGACCCAUGUACCACGUCUUUGCGCGGCUAAAUCACGCCCGACGCCGAGCAAUAGCUUUCCCGCCUUUCCUCACCUCCCUGAUGCGACACCACAAGCUGGACGCCCAUACGGCGGUGUUUGCAAAGCCGCCACUCGUCACGAUCUUAACAAACACUGGAGCCGCCUCGCCAGUCCGCGUGUACUACCUCCCCUCGGCGCUAACGACCUUCGCACCGCGUAUGGCAGUGGUGGACGCGCUCACUGGUCAAGUCUUCGCAACGGACCCUCAGGGUGGUCUCUCCGUCCCGAUCGUGAGCGGCGAGCCACGCGUCUUCCUCCCUCUGGGCACAUGGGAGGGUCGGCAGGUCGCAUGGCAGCUGUCUGCGAACGCAGAACGCGAGCGGGAGCGCGCCGCGAUCAAGCACCAGAACGGCGGGGCCAGCCCCGCGCAUAGUCGCGGAUCGAGUCUGAGCUCCAUGUUCAGCUGGUUCCGCGGAAGCAAGUAGAUUCUACACUACACUGUAGCAUAGAACAUUAUAGAGGCGUGCAUCAUAACCGCGCAAUUGUUCAUCCAACAUGAAUGUAUUUCACCAGUGACGAGGUU